AUGGCUGACAUUGCCUCAGCUUUUUGUGCAUGUUUCCAAGGUCUGCAACCAGUUUUUAAUCGUGUGGGUACACGUGCAGGUUAUAUUUCCAAGUUUGAUGAUAAUCUUAGCAAGUUGAGAAGUGCUUUGGAGGAUCUUAUAGCAAAAAGAGAUGAUGUGGUAUGCAAGGUUAAUGCUGAAGAAAUCAAGGGUCAUAAACAGCUAAAUGAAGUGGAAAGGUGGCGUUCAAAAGUCGAAACCGUUGAAACCAACACCAAUCUCCUGGUUGCUAAAGCUUCGCGGCAAAGGCGGUCAACAUGUGGGUAUUGCUUCAUCAAUAUCUUUUCAGCCUACAGCAAUGGGAAAAAGAUUUCCAAGAAUUUGGAUGAAGUUCAAAAACUAUCUUCUGAAAAGGUUUCUGAAGUGGUUACCCGGCAAGCUACGCUUCCUGUGGUAAUAGAACAGCCUGUCCAGCAGACAUUUGGCCUGGAUACAAAUCUUCAAAGGACAUGGAGCUGUCUUAUGGAAGAUGGUGUUAGAACCUUGGGUUUACAUGGAGUGGCGGGAGUGGGUAAAACGACACUCCUCACCCUGAUAGAGAGCGAGUUCGUUGAAGUCAAGGGUAAUUUUCAUGUUGUGAUUUGGGUUACAGUGUCUGAAGAUGUAGAUAUCAAGAUGAUUCAAGAUGAUAUCGGAACAUUAGAUGGCGAAAUGCUUGAGCACGCAAGAAAUAUUGUGGAGAAGUGCCUUGGCUUACCCCUUCUACUUAAAGUCAUUGGCAAGUCUCUGUCAUCCAAAAAGACUGCAGAUGAAUGGCAUCGUGAACUCUGUACCAUGUUUGAAGCUACGGGGGAUGAGGUAUUCCCUGUUUUGAAAUAUGGUUUUGAUAAUUUAAAGGAUGACGCCAAGUUAUGUUUAAAGUAUUGUGCUUUAUUUCCCGAGGCAUAUAAGAUCAGAGAUGAUGAGCUGGUAGAGUAUUGGAUUGGUGAGGGUAUCAUAGAUGAAGAAGACGGAAGAAAGAGAGCAAUGGAUCGAGGCUAUGAUAUCAUCGACACUCUUGUUAAAGCAGAUUUGUUAGUUGAGGUUGACAAGUCUAAACAGAAAGUGUAUAUGACGGCUUGA